AUGGGUUUUACUACCGCUGGCGGCAAACGGGGCCUGGCCUCCAAACGGUCAGCGAUAAGUCUGCACGACCAGCAGCCAGUCGAGCCGUACACGGAUGAGCCCAGCGAUGAGCCACCGGCUUAUACUGAUGCCACUCCAGGAAGUUCAAACUACAGGCAAACUCUCCCUGACCUACCGGCCCCACGAGGCUAUACCAAUCCAUAUCAAGAGGUUAUUGGGAGCCGCGUUGUCAAAACAUAUUCCGGACGGGAAUCGUAUCUUGUGACUGUUCACCCAGAAUACUCGAAUACUCCACAGGAUCUGUACAACGCUAUAUACAACCAAGCCGGUGUGGCGCCUACUGUUCUCAUCUCCGUCAAAGGAACCCACACCGUCAAGCAGCGGGAUGGGAAAAAGGACUCCAGCUCUACGGUUACGGACUUUGACUUUCGAAUCGAGACUCAAGGAACUAUAUUGCCGAUAUCUUCGUAUGAUCUGGAAAGACGCCCGUUAUUCGAUUACUUCCGCGAACUAAACGUGGUGCGGGACGGUGACAAACAGUCUGCGUACCGCGGAGGGAGGUUCAAGUGCAAAGCGAGCAAGAAGUAUAAGCCUGCCGAAGCCAACGAUCCAGAACAAGCGGCGAUGAAUGGUGAACAGAUCGAGGCAGAGACAAGUCUCGAGAGUACGCUUCAGCAAUGGUGUACUCGAUACUGCGAAGACAAAAGCGGAGUGAAAUCAUUCACGUUACGCAGCACAGUUAAAGGGCUCGACAUGAACAUUAUCAGAACCGAAAUCGCCUCCAUCAUUCGCUCUACUAACUACCGUGGUACCAUCAAUGUUACCCAGGAAACAACCCACACAGCACUAACCGUCUAUUCACCACAUUGGAUAAACAAUCUCCGAACCAACAGGUUCGUCUGGUGGGCAGUUGUCAUUCUUCAGCUUUGGAUAAUUACCUGGCCUAUCAUCAUCUUGCUUGAGAGGCGCUAUGAGCCCGUCACGGCCCAAUACUACGUCUACCGGGAAUCAGAGUACAACCCUCCCUUCAAGGGUGAAGUUGAAUGGACAAAGAUGUUUGCCCCUGCUAUUAGCGCUGCAGCGCUAAAUAGAAGGAAAGACGAAAUUGUUACAGUAGCUGAUGUGCAGCGGGCUACUGAUGCGGCUCUCAAUGGCCGGGUUCAGGAGUCUCCAGCCGAAAGAGAGAGGAGGGCAAGAAUGAAUAACGGGAAUGGAACAUUUAUGGAUUCUGUUAUUGGUAUAGCUAGGGGUGUGUCGGAGUUGAGGAGCGAGUAUGAUCAUGCUAGAGGCUGGGGUGCGAAUGAGUGA